GGCGCAAUGGUCCAUUGACACGCCGAGAGCCAACGGCCCAAAACAUAAUUAGUUCACAAAAUUUGAACAGCGGUUUUUAGGGAAUAUGCCCCUUUCCCUUUGUUCAUGAAGUAUCAACUCUCGCUUUCAUCUCUACAAACUCCAUUUCACCUUCCAACAAUGAGCUUCGACACUUCACAUUCACUCUACAAUCUCAAAACCCUAACGCCUUAGCGAAGUACCAAAGCUACUCUAAUUUUUUCCACGCAUUGAUGCCUACGCCUCGCCUUCUCUCUGCUCUUCGCUUCUACCGCCAUCAUCGUUAUCAAAGCUCUUAUUCCUAUUCCCUCUCUACAGCGCUCGACAAAUUUGACUUUGAUGCUUUUCACACUUGCUCAUCGGAAACUCGACAAGAAACUAAACCUCAUUUAGAUACUUACAAUAGAUUUCAGUGCAAUCCGUAUUCUCAGUUCAUUAGAGGUCAGGGGAAUUCACCGUCUUCAUUGGCAUUACGCAAUACAUACUCGGUUAAUUCUUCGCGAAAUGUAGUAUCUUGUUCGAUUUCCAGAAAUAGUAGUCACCUGUUCUUCAGCCGCGGUUUGAUUACCAGAGCUAAGAAGAUAAAGACGAUAGAUGUGGUGGAUGAUCAUGGCCAGCGAGCAGUCACAACAGCUUUAUGGUGCAAUUUUCUUGUCUUCUCCCUGAAGUUUGGGGUCUGGUUUGUCAGUUCCAGCCAUGUCAUGCUGGCUGAAGUUGUGCAUUCAGUUGCAGAUUUUGCAAAUCAGGCGCUUCUUGCUUAUGGUUUAAGUAGCUCCAGACGUGCACCAGAUGCUAUACACCCAUAUGGUUACUCCAAGGAAAGAUUUGUCUGGUCUUUGAUAUCUGCUGUUGGUAUCUUUUGUCUUGGUUGUGGUGCUACUAUAGUUCAUGGAGUACAAAACUUGUGGACUUCGGAGCAACCUGCAAAUAUUGGAUAUGCAGCACUGGUGAUUGGUGGCUCAUUCAUUAUAGAGGGUAUUUCUCUCGUGGUGGCUAUACAAGCUGUCAGAAAAGGAGCAGCUGCUGAAGGAAUGACAGUGAGAGAUUACAUUUGGCGUGGCCAUGAUCCUACAGCUGUAGCUGUCAUGACAGAGGAUGGUGCUGCAGUUACAGGCCUAGCCAUUGCUGCUGCAUCACUGGUUGCUGUAAAUGCCACUGGAAAUCCAAUUUAUGAUCCCAUUGGUUCCAUUAUAGUGGGCAACCUUCUAGGAAUGGUUGCUAUAUUUCUGAUUCAAAGAAAUCGCCAUGCUUUGAUUGGUAGAGCAAUUGAUGAGCAUGACAUGGACAGGGUUCUACAGUUCCUGAAAAAUGAUCCAGUUGUUGAUUCCAUUUAUGAUUGCAAAAGUGAGGUGAUCGGACCUGGGUUCUUUAGGUUUAAGGCUGAGAUAGACUUCAAUGGCGUAGUGCUGGUUCAAAAUUAUCUAGAAAGAGCUGGACGUGAAGUGUGGGCUAAACAGUUUCGAGAGGCUUCGGAGGAUAAGGAUGAUGCAGCAUUACUGAAACUGAUGUCAAUUUAUGGUGAGGAAGUUGUCACAGCACUAGGGAGUGAAGUUGAUCGGCUAGAAAAGGAAAUCCAGGAAAUAGUUCCAGGCAUUAGGCAUGUGGACAUUGAGGCCCAUAAUCCAAUUGGACCAUCCCCAUGAGUAUAUAACUUAAUAAAUACUGUGCUAUGCAGAAAAUAUUUGUUCAAACUAUAACAGAAUAGGGUGCACAAUUGAUGAAUUAUGGGAAUAUCAUUAAGUUUGGAUGCUCCCAAGGAACCAUUCUCUACACUGACAGCUGCGUAGAACUUGUUUGAAGAUAAUGAUCCUCUGCUCGUCUUUUUCCUUGUGAGUAUAAAACGAAGCUUUUUAUCAUUUCCGGUGAUGAUUGUGCAAGUGGAAGGCAACUCCUGACGUAUGAAAGGUGCCUUGGAGAGAUUUGAUACCCAUUUUAAGCGGCCAGCUUAAAGAAUGGCUCCUGGUUUACUACCCUCAACUCUCAAAGUAUUACGUAAUGUGUGAACAUUAGAGAGUCCUCAGAUAGAUGUCUGAUGGCAAUUCAAAAAAGAAAUAUUGAGCCUUCCACUAUGGAUGGUUAAGAUUGUCUAGUGAUAAGAGCGCAACAUGACAUGUGGUUAGAUGCAUGUACGGGUUUGAACCCUGCUUACAAACGCGUUGUAUUUUAGUCAAGGGAGAUGGUGAAAUGACAAGCGUCAUCAUUCACUAGUUUCACCAUGGUGUACUGGUACUCUGAGAUUUCUCGAUUGUCGAAAAAAAUUAUGGAUGGUUGCUUCA